AUGAAAAGAACCACCGUCCUUCCCGACGAACCCGUCCGCCUGCGAGCGUGUGUCCUUGACGACAACGUCGACGAUCCGGCUGUGACACCACUACUCCUCGUACCUGGGAUCAAGAUGAGGGAUGGAGCUACACGGCUCCAGAGCUUACGCUCGUCGCCAUCAGCCUCGGCGUCGCCCGUCCCCUUGCUGCGACUGCCAGUGCCAGCCAGCCAGGUCCUUAGUCUAUUGUCGUUGCAUGCACUCGAGUCCGUCUCCUGCGUGACGCGUGACACUUUCAGCCCGUUCGCUGGCCCCUCCCCGCAGGCCCCGGCCUUCUCAGCGGCGCCCAAUAGUCACCCUCCCAUCGGACAAUUCAAUUCUUCUUUCGAUCUCAGCUGUCAUCCGAGCGUAAGCAUCCGCUGCUCUUGUAGCCAAUGCGUCAAGGGGAGUCUGAAGACUUUACGGAUUCCCUCACGAAUGGAGGCUGACUGGCAAUAA